AUGAACUUCCGGAAGGUAGCACAGUUUCCCGUUAGCCAUUUAGGGGAAGCCACCUACAGGCAAAGCGCCACUCAUCCUGUCAAGGAAAGCAAUGGAAUAACCAAAUUUUUUUUAAAAGACUUGAUAAAGGAGUCGUCCCUCAAAAAUGCGGCCGCUGUAUCAGGCCAAAAGGCAGAACAUGAGCGAAGAAACGUGCAAAAGGAUGACAAAAAUAAACCGUUUAACGUGACCUAUACUUGGGAAACGGAUCCGAUAAGUGGGUUCAGGUUCGUUAAUGUUUUAAACAAGAAGGAUAAAAAAAAGUUGGGGAUUCAAUGCAUUUACUGUAGAGACAAACAGUUGUUCAGAUUUAAAAGAAGCGUCUUGUACCACAUGGUGACUUUCGAUCAUGGUCUGAAAUCAAGUGUCAUGGAAGAAUUAAAGCUUAACGACAAGAACGCAGAUGAGCGAUCAGAGUUUAUUAACAAUUUCAAUGCAGAAAAAUGUGCACAAAGGAGAGAACAAAGUGGGUCAGAAAUUUCGGAGAAAAGGGGAAUAGGAGAAGAACCCGAAAGAAAACACACAAAGAAGUGUUGUAAUAAUUACGAACUCAUUAAACUUGAAAUAGAAUUUGUGGCAACUUUGAAUUUAUUAACAUGUGAAGAAUUGGAAGCAUUGUUUUAUUUUUUUUUCCCCGAGAAAAUAUUUUCAUUUAAUGAAUGUACAGACAAGGAGAUCAUUAUUGAGCACUUUUUACAAAACAUAAGUUCCGUUUCGACGAAGUAUUCCUCCCUGAUUAAGUCGGGUAUGUAUUUGGCAUAUGAUGAACCCAUACUUAACAAAGACGUUAAAUGUGCUACUUUACAAGAAUACCUGGAUGGGUUAAAAACUUCGGGGGAAGCACAGAAUAGUUGUACGGAUGAACCGAAGAUAGAAGGUGAGGUGGUCUCUCACGAGAUAGACGGCAAAGAUAGAGAGGGUGCAGAAGGGAACACGGGUGUAGAUGACACAAAAAUGGGUUCAGAUGCAGCAGGUGAGAUUACUUCCAUUGAAAAAAUUCCGCAAAAUUGGGUAAAUGAUGAACAUGGAGCGUUGGGCGGAAGGGGGGUGGAGCCCAUACAUAAGGCGACUAAUGUGGGUAACCAGAUAACCUCCAGUGUGGCUAAUCACCUGACCUCCAGCGUGGCUAAUCACCUGACCUCCAGUGUGACUAACCAGCUGACCUCCAAUAUUGCCAACGAACGAACCGAUGUGGACGCCGCCAAUGUCGCAAAAAGGAGAAGAACGAAAAAGCCAAAAUGCCUAGGAGCAGGCACAGGACAUCUAAACCCAAAGAAUCAUAUACUGAUAAACAUCAGCGAUUGCGACAUUUUAAAGCACAAUGAUAAGAUAUUCAUUAACUUGAGUGCUCUUCGGGAGGUAAAAGCAGACGCGGAACGGAAAAAGGAAAAUGACGCGAUUCUAAUUGUUAGCGGCUCAGGGGAGGCGGGGCACCUGAGCGAGGUAGGCACAAGCAGGGCAGAACCAGGAAAGGUGUGCACGAAUGGGGUGGACAGGAACGGCGUAGACCCCACAACUUCUGAAGCCAUAACUGCUGAACCCACAAUUGCUGAACCCACAAUUGCUGAACCCACAAUUGCUGAACCCACAACUGCUGAACCCACAAUUGCUGAACCCACAAUUGCAGAAGCAAACGCCAAUGAAACAGCACACUCGGCAAAGAAAGCCUCAUCAGAACGGAUAAACAGCCCUCAAACGAACGCAGCAUCUACUGGAGGUGGCAAUGAAAACGGUGUGAACCCCGGAUUCAAUGUGAAUAAAAAGGCCAAACGGGCUAGAAAUAAAAAAGACACGAAUGAAAAAUGCACUACACAAGUGGGUAAAAAGGUCGAAACGGGUGCAGAAAACUGUACGACGCGAAAUAGCCAACCGAAAAAAAAGAUAAAAGUAGAUGAUCUACCAGGAAACAAUUCCGCCCAAACAAUUCAAACAAUUUUACCUUCACAAGAUGGACAAAUGAAACAACACUUAGGGGAUGGAAAGGCCCAAACAGAAAAAUGCAACUCGAAGGGGAUCCUUCUUAACGAGAGUAGCAACGUAAAUGGUCUCCAAGAUGAAGAUAAAGGAAAAAAUGGCAACAACAAUAGAAGCAGGGAAAAUUACCCCCAGAGUGGCAGAAGUGAUGACAGUAGUACCCCUUCAAGGGUCAGGGACGAAGAAAAACAAUUUAUCUCUAGUGACGAACUAGUCCAUGCAAGAAAUAUAGAACAAGAUGAAGACACACAUGGCAUGAAUGACGAUACGGUAUAUGUGCAUCAUAGCAGGUUAGGAGAGACACAACAGAAGAACAUUGCGCCGCUGGAUCAGGGAGGAUGCGUUAGGAAGGUGGUCCCUUUAGAAGGGGUUGCUAAGCUGGUCACUGCUAAAAUGAUUAACAGAGAAGAAAAUGUAAAAAGAAAAAAGACAAAAAAUCACGAUGAAAGGAAUAAACCAGAAAUUGGUAAGAAGGUAAAAUGCCCCAAUGGGAAGAAAACCAACUGCCUCACAGGCAAUAAUGAGAUUAACCAAAAUAAAAAAAACCCAUCGAAGAGUAGAAAAAAAGGAAAAAAACUUAACGUGCAGGAGAGGGACAAAGUGCAAUGCAACGCAUCACUGCGGAUUUCUAAAAACUUAAAAGCAGGCAAAUGUGUAAACAAUACAGGUGGUAACAGGGGGGUAAACUGUGUUCACAAAGAUAGCAUUACGGGGAAAGAGGCUAGUAAGAAAAAGCCAAAUGUUGGUGACUCCCGUCAUGAUGGGAACAAUCAUUUGGGGGAACAGAAAGCCAACGCGUCGCUGCAAAAGCAGUUCAACAGCGUAUCUGCAAAGGGUGAAAAUAGACAUAUUUCUGCAAAAAUGGGAAUUAAGCAAUUAUGUAAUGUAUCGACGGAUAACAUAAUUCAGGAUGAUGUCAUGAUCAUGAACUGGUCGCGCACACGUUCUUGCAGACUUGGUAGAUACAGGAUGGGGUGA